UGUUCCGAAAUUCGUAGCACUCUCUAAUACGAAAAUUUUUAAGAUCUAUGGUCGGUAAAUACGUGUCAGUAACUGACCAUUACUCUGCCUAAUUCAGUAUCAGCAAAGCAGAGAAUCACUAGAGAAUGCAUUGAUAUAUGUGUAGUUCAAUGUAUAUCAACGAGCGAAUGAACAGACCAUAUUCACAGUGGUCGAAACUGAUCAAAUCACACACCAUAGGCUCCGUAAUGCCAAGUACGGCAGAGUAUCGGUCGGUAAUCGUCCAUACAACUUGAGAAUUAGUUCCAACGACGCAUCUCGUGACAAUAAGCGCUACGAAAUUGGGAGCACUAAAAACACGAGCGUGCACCCUUUCAAGCUUCUCUCCACACUUCUCUCUGCGUCAGUUUGAAUCUUUUGAAAAUGCGGCAAGCUGGGAGAGGUGGGUACUUUGAAAAUGGAAGACAGAGUCUAGCUGUCGGUUACAGGAUAUAAGUUUUGUCGGUAUUUCGAUAAUAUUGAGCAAAUCAAUUAAUUUUUUUCACAACUUUGGUGGCCCUUGUUAUUUUAAUGCGACUGUCGCGGGGAAAUUUGAUGAAUUUUUUACCGCUCUGUACGAUCGCGCACCAAAUGGAUGAGUGGAUUUUUCUCGCAAUCGCCUGCCUUCAAUAUUGACACUGAUUCUCAACUAACAAACGGAUUUCGAACUGCCGUGAAACAAUUUAGACAAGAUGGAAAAAUACCGAUCUAUGAAGGCCUUCAUUGCGGCUGCUCUCGAGUACUCAAAGCAUCAGAGUGAAACCACGGCAUCUGCAUUACAACGGAAUCUAGGGACGAUCGGUGCUUCCUUAGACUUAAGCAUCUUUGAUCCUGGGACCAGCAUCGCCACAGAAUUUUAUGUCAGUCUUUACGAGCUUGCGAGCGCUCUUCCAUCGCGCUCUAGCAUAAUUUGGAGCGCUGUUGCCGUUCUCCAGCAUGCCUGCAAGAAUUCCGCUGCUAGACAGACCCUUAUUCACACUUACAAAUUCACACCAAUUUUGACAAGGCUUCUAGAGGCAAAUCUAACGGCCGAGAAACGUAUCAGGGUCCUUCAACUGAUUCAGGAGCUUACAUAUGGAGUAAAGAUAUCCUGGCAGGAGGCGCACCUGCCUUAUUUAAUUUCAACUUUGACGCAAUGGGUGUCGCAAUCAACCGAGGAAGAAGUGGUUGCGUUGUCUUUGGGGGUGCUGAUCAAUCUCUGUUACAAAAAUCUGCCUGCAAUUUAUACCCUCAUGCGCGCCGUCGAUACAAAAGUUUUUGUAAAAACUUUACUGAAGCUGCAAAGUUACAAUAUGAAUACAAAAGUCCAAUGCUGUAAAUUGCUUAUGGUAUUGGAGAGCAUCCACAGAGAACUAACCGAUACAGAUAUCCUGGACUUCGCUACGGUCACAUUUUGUAGCCUGAUUUCUGCCCUCCAGGAGAAAAAUGUACUGCUUCUCAGGCAUACAGUCGACUUCUUUGACGAUGUUCGACAAAAAGAACAUUCGAGAAACGUUCUCGCAACUUAUCCUGGUUACGCCGAAGGUGUUGAAAACAUAUUGUUGAGACUAGAGAAUAACUCAGACCCUGAAUGUGUAGCAUUGAUGAUGGAAUUCCUGGUCUCAAUUAUUAGACUUCAGAUACCGUCGCUGAUGCCAUUGUAUUCGAAAUGUGUCAGGACAGCGAUGAUGUGGGUCCCAGUUGAAAGAGUCUGCUCAAAGGCAUUGAGCCUCAUUAGGAUAGUAAUCACUGACACUCGCCGAUCCAAAGGAUCUCUUGAAAUACUCAAUGAGCUUGACUUGAGUGUUUUAAUGCUCGUUCUGGACAGUGGCUAUGAAAUGGAAGAGAGCGGAAGCAGUCGGAGUGUUGAGUCACAAGCCAGAUUGACGGAGUUUCUACAGCUUGUACAAGAAAUGGUGCGGAUUCCUCUGGUUAGAGAGAAAGUAAUGCAAACAUUCACAGACCAGGCGAUGCGGCAGAUCUUGAGACCGGUGCUUGAAGAGAGUGAAGCUGCGACGUGUGAAGCUGUGCCUGGAAAUCUAUUUCAAGACCCAGCAACAACUUUGCAUGUCCAUGCACUCUCUCUAACAGCCGACCUCGCAACCCACGAUUCCAACUGGCUAACUCUGUACUCUGAAUUGCUACGGAAAAAACAAAUUCAAAUGGUUAUGGCAUUGGCGCUAUUCACUGGUGAUGGAGAUGUCAAGCAGCGGGUGUUGCAGCUACCCUCAUCAGUCGGGUUCCCACAAGAAUGCAUUUCCGCAGUAGCAAAAUGUAUGGGCGAACUGGAACCCCUGGUGUUAGUUCAGGGGAGAACGGCAUGUGGCCAGUCUUCCAAAGGGAGAUCACCCACUGAACAAGGCUAUUCGAGCGAAAUGCAGAUGCCCCUAUUUUCUGUAGCCCAGGAAGAACGCCUCGAUUUAUUUAUCACCAAACUUGAACAAGCCUUUGAGUCUAACCAGAUCCAAGAUACCACAACCUCAGCUGUUAUGGAGCUAUACGAAUAUAAGUUGGCGGCGAUGCGACACGCGGAAAGAGCCACACAAGCGAGCCUCGAAGCGGCCAACAGUCACGCAACUAGCCUGCAACACAGGUUGGCACAGGUGGUUGCAGAGUCUAGCAGGCUUCAUCAGUUACUAUUUUACACACAACAAUGCCUCGAAGGAAGCCGAACUGAAAAGAUAUGCUUGACUGCAAAACUGAAAGAAGAACAGGCACAAAUGAGUAGGACACGUGAGACGCAGUGUCAGGAAAUUCGAGGACUUCGUAAAAUAGUUGUGGAAAAGUCGGCCACCAUUGAUCAGCUUAACCGAACCACCGCAGAAUAUUUAGGACAGCUGGAAACUAGUAAAUCAACGAUCGAGACUCUGGAAAGAAGAGUUAACGAUUUACUGACUGAGGGAAAAGUUAGCGAGGCAAAAGCCCAAGAACUUGCAACGAAAAUUAACGAACUGAGCCGGGUUAUACGGAAAAUGGAAGACGGAUCGAAUAAACAGAAACAGCUGCUCGAAGAGAAGAACAGAGAAAUUGCCUCGAAUCAGAAUCACAUAUCUGCUCUGAAACAGGAACUUCAAGAGCAAGCAGAGCAGUGCUACAAUCGUGAAAAGGCACUCUCUGAGAAAGAAGAGUGUAUUGAGAGGAUGAAAGGAGAGCUCUCUGACCUGAGUCGUAUGCGGGACAUAAUAUUCGAGCUCACUGCAAAAAAGAAAGAAGAUUUAAAUACCAGUUAGUCACGGCGGUCGGUUGUCGGAAAAUAAUCAUCAUUCGAAAACGAUAUAUUUCGGAUCUGUAACGCGAUAACGUCGUGCAAUACACUGUUUAAGGCACUUGAUGAAAGAGAAGUCACUUGUUUACCGGAAAUUGCACGUUUCUUAUCGCUUACAGUAAAAUCUAUCAUAAACUUUGUACCUACUGCACAAUUCUCUGCAUCUCUUCAAUGACUCAAAUUUCCGGGACGAUAAUUGUAUCUACUUUGUACUCGUUUCCUUCAUUAUCUGCAAUAAAGGUUUUUUUUUAUCUUUUUAUUAUUUCAGAGUUUGGUGAAUAAUAUUUCCUAUCAUUCUUAAAAAGGAAAAUUUAACAAAAAUAGUUUCAUUUAAAAUAAAUGGAAUGUUAUAUUGUCAUGUGGAAAUUAUCACUUAUUAAUCGGUAAUCGGUCAAUGUACAAUUUUUACAGAGCAAAUAGAGUAUUUGUGCGAUGUAGAAAUCUGGAAAAAUUAUUUUAACCAUUUUAACAUUCCCAAAAAAUAGGUCGAUUUUCACAUUCGUAAUUUACAAUAUUCAACCAUCACGAAUUUUCACGCGACAGGCAAAUGAAACUAGUACGUAACUCCGCGAUAGCUUUUAACCGAUUCUUCGUGUAAAAGAAAUUAGUAA